AUGGCGGCUCUCGACUACCUCGCCUUCCCGCACAUCUUUGACGCCGUGCUUGACCACCUCGUUGCCGCGAAGAAUGUGGACACUCUGCGCACCGUUUACCGUCUUUCACGGGCCGCUCGGGACCGCGUCUUCCGCAAGUGUUGCCACCACUUGAGUAUCGACUACCGAGCCUAUCCCGUCACGGUCGGCACAGCGCUGGGGGGUUUCUGGAUCCCCGACCAUCAGUUCUCGCCAGGAAGCACUGUCGUCGACAUCUACGCUGGCGAAGACUACUCGAUGUAUCCACUCGCUCCCGACAUCCUUCGAAUCAUUACUCAAACUGCCCCGCAGACUAUUCGCCUCCUCGAUCACUACGGCAUGGAUGACGUUUUAUCCUACUCUGAGCCCAUCAACACGCUCGUCUUCCACACCAAGAACUGGUGCCUGAACCGCGAGCCAGAUCCUUGGUUCCUCAUGCUGCCGGCCAACGCGGAGCGAAUCAUCAUCAACCUCAUCGGGUGUGACGAGUUUGGAUACCCAGACGUCUCAUUCGCGCCCGCUCACAAUCACGACGACGUCCAACAAGAGCUGGUUCUUAUUGCGACAGCAGGUCCCAGCCCUCCACCAGACGCGGAAGGAGUCGUCAAUCGCCAGCACCACCUCAUAGACAACAUUACCUAUUCCAUUUUGGGGUACCUGGAGGAACUACAGCAAGCUACCAUCACGGUCGUCGGGGCAGAGCACUGGAAGCACGACUGGAGUUGCGGCCUUCCGCCCCCAGACAUGCAGCCAUCAAACGUUGGCCAGCAUCUCAUUACAUGCGCCCUCACUGAGACAUGUAGAGAGUCGACAUAUGAUGCUGCGACCGGCAGCUAUGUCCAACACUCUGAUGAAGUGGUGGAGGCUUUCUUGCAGCGGAUCAAGUUCAUCGCCCUCGACGAGUUCAAGGAGAGCGUCGGGGACACGCUGUUUGAGCUCAUGACCGUAGAAGCGGUGUGA